AUGGUCAACAAUAGCCAUUUUGGUGGAUUUAUACUCCUUGGAUUCCCAGGGCAGCCACAGCUGGAGAUGAUCAUCUCUGGGGUUGUCUUUCUCUUCUACACCAUUGCCUUGAUGGGAAACAUGGCCAUCAUCCUGCUGCCGUUAUUGGAUGAACGUCUCCAGACCCCCAUGUACUUCUUCCUUAGGAAUUUAGCCAUCUUGGAUCUCUGUUAUACCACAAAUAUAGUCCCACAGAUGUUGGCCAAUGUCUGGGGCAAAGACAAAAAAAUCUCUUUUGGUGGCUGUGCCUUUCAACUUUUCACUGAUGUGACACUAUGCACAGUGGAAUGUAUCCUUCUGGCUGUGAUGUCUUAUGACCGAUUCAAUGCUGUCUGCAAGCCUCUGCACUACAUGACCAUUAUGAACCCCCAACUCUGUCGAACCCUGGUGGCCAUGACCUGGGGAGUUGGUGUUACUAAUUGCAUGAUACUUUCACCCUAUGCCAUGAGUCUUCCCCGAUGUGGGAACCACCAUUUGGAUCACUAUUUUUGUGAAAUAUCUGCAAUGGUGAAGAUUGCAUGUGUGGACACCACAGCCAUGGAGGAAACCUUAUUUGCAUUAUGUUUUUUUAUUUUCCUCACACCACUCCUUCUCAUUCUGGUUUCUUAUGGCUUCAUUGCUGUAGCUGUGUUGAAGAUCAAAUCUGCAACAGGGAGACAGAAAGCAUUUGGGACCUGUUCCUCCCACCUCAUUGUGGUGUCCAUCUUCUAUGGGACUGUUAUCUACAUGUACAUCCAGCCAGGAAACAGUCCAUCUCAGGAUGAAGGUAAACUUCUCAGUAUCUUUUAUUCCAUUGUGACUCCCAGCUUGAACCCCCUGAUCUACACACUAAGGAAUAAGGAGUUCAAGGGGGCCAUGAAGAAGCUGAUUGGAAAAGAAAAACGUUCCUUGGAAACAACAGGACACUAAUAUCUUUUUAUGAGAAGUUUCCAAUUAAGAAAUUGGUCCUGUGUAACAUACAAAUCAUUGCCAAAUUAUUUUAGUAGUACUCAGCACCUAAAAGUGAAAAUUAUACCUAAAAUGUUGCUUAUGUUUCAGCAUCAAUGUCCCAAAUUGCCAAGGGUUGAUUCUAAACCAAGUAUGUCUCUCAAAGUCACCAGUUAUCACCUUUGAUCAGUCAUCCCCACCUGCAGCCAGAGAGCAGGCUGUAUGGAGUCCAAGCAUUGUACUGUGAGGGGAAGGAGGGAAGACUCUACCAAACUGGAUUCAAGUUAUAAUUUAUCAAAUAUCUUUAAAUUAUCAUGACACUUUAACAAAAAGAAAAAAGUUAAUGUUCUAACUAUAAGUUUUUACAUGACUACAAUUUGUUCGUGUGAAGACAAAAUCAUUUCUGUUCAGAUCUUAAAUGUUCCUGCCAUGUCUAUUUACUUUAAAAGAAUCUUAAUAUAUAAACUGGAUAAAAUAUAUUUCUACUUGUAGCUGUUUUCUGCCUGAAUCAGGACUUUCUCAAACUUAGCCUGUCAAAAUAAAA